ACAAAAGCAGCCGCAGAUCUUCAGGGCAGUUACACAUCAUCUCCAAUCUCUGGGUUCACAUUUUAUGUAAUUCAGAAAAAAUGUAACUGGAACAAAGGGACUUUUGGGGUCCGGAGGCUUGUGCGGAGUAGCAGCUUGUCAGACACAGCGUCGUUAGUGUUUUCAGGCUGUUGUUUUUUGUGAAUUCAGCAGCUAAGCUAGCUGUUAGGUUAGCUCCUGUUUCACUGAGAUUAUCAGCCGUGUUUACCGUCACUGCUGACCUCUGACCUGACACCUCGCCCAGCCUGCCCGAGGUGAGUCUUCAGUCUCCUUGAAAGGUGUGGAGAUGGGGAAUUUGGGCAGCAGGUUUCAAUCGCACUCUCAGGGUCCAGAGGAGGCUGCAGAGGGCACAAGUACCAGCCGCAAGCAUGGGUGUGAGUGUAAGAAGAGGAAACGAAACGCCCAGUGUGACUGUGAGAGUGAACCAGAGGAGGACGAUGUCUUACUAGAUACACCUCGCAGGCAAAAGUUGAAAAGCACAUCACGCUACAUUUAUCAGACCUUGUUCUUGAAUGGAGAGAACAGUGACAUUCGCAUCUGUGCUUUGGGACAAGAGUGGAACCUCCACAAAGUAUACCUGUGCCAGUCAGGAUAUUUCUCCAGCAUGUUCAGCGGCUCGUGGAAGGAGUCCAACAUGAUGGAAAUCAACUUGGAGAUCCCGGACCAGAACAUCGACACAGAAGCUCUACAAGUCGUGUUUGGAUCCCUGUACCGAGAUGAUGUGCUCAUCAAGCCCAGCAGAGUCGUCAGCAUUCUUGCUGCUGCGUGUAUGCUACAGCUGGAUGGUUUGAUCCAGCAGUGCGGGGAGACGAUGAAGGAAAACAUCAGUGCAAAGACUGUGUGUGGAUACUACGCGUGUGCCAGUAUCUACGGCUUGGAUUCAGUCAUGAAAAAGUGCCUUGAGUGGCUUCUGAACAACCUGAUGACCCACCAAAAUGUUGACUUGAUGAAAGAACUUGGGUCAGAAGUGAUGGAGCAGCUCAUCCAGUCCUCUGACCUGUUUGUCAUGCAGGUAGAGAUGGAUGUAUACACAGCUCUGAAAAAGUGGAUGUUCCUGCAGCUCAACCCGGCGUGGGACGGUCCCAUCAAGCAGCUUCUGGCUGACGCCGACGCCUGGCUUUGCAAACGCAGGACAGACCUGAGUGAGAAGGAGCCCUUCUUGGACACAGAGGAGGGCACAGCAUUUCGUUCAGUGUUCAAAUACGUUCGUAUACAGUAUAUCAUCAACGACCUGGCAUCUGCUCGCAUCCUGGAGAGAGAUAAUAUUCUGCCCCCUGAUUGGUUAACAUCGGUAUACAAAAACCAGUGGUUUGCUAUGCUGCGGACAGAAUUCGACAACGAUAACGGUCCCCAGGAAGCUAACAAGGAGGAGUUUGAGCUGAGUAGUAUGAGAUGUGGCAGGAAACUGACUAAAGAUGGAGAUUACUGCUGGCGGUGGACUGGCUUUAACUUUGGUUUCGAUCUGCUUGUGACCUACACGAACCGCUUCAUAGUCUUCAAAAGAAAUACUCUAAGUCAGCCAUGUGGGGGUGCUGUUAGCCUACAACCACGAAGGCAUCUGGCCUAUAGGUUACGUCUCGCCUCUUUUGAUAGCCGUGGAAAGUUGGUCUGCAGCCGCUCAACCGGCUACCAGCUCCUCACCCUUGAGAAAGACCAGGAGUAUGUGGUGAUGAACCUGGACAGUCGGUUGUUAUCGUUCCCUCUCUAUGUGUGCUGUAACUUCGUGUAUACAUCGCCUCAGUCGGACCAACGUGCAGAUUCCUCAGAACAAGAAAGCAGUGCUCGCUGUGUGUCCUGAUGCCUCUUUAGCAGCUGUCAACUGCGACUAUUCCUCUGGUAAUACUGAGACACUAACACAAGCUCAUAAGUAAAAAUCCACUGCCACAUUUAACAUCCCUGACGUCGAUCAGUCAUAUCACCUGCAUGCUGUCUCUCCCAAGGAGGGAGAAUGUUUAGUGUCUAUGUAUUCAGUGUUUUGGCACAUUCAGACUCAGCUGAGUAUAAAUGGGAUAAACAAGUAACAUGACUUUGGCCAGAAAGAAAUGGGCCUUUUUUUUUUACCUCCAGAGCAGCUCCACACCUUGGACCUCAGAACUGUCGUCACCGAGAUGUUGGAUCAUUUCUUAAGAUGAAAAAGUCUUUGUAGACGAUGCAAUUCUGAAUUGGACUCUACUCUCCAGAGCUUUAAUUCAUGCUUUAUGACUUAAAGGUCUGAUGACUGGUGGACAGUGCAUCAGUGUGACUCAGACUUGCAUUAAUGGAACCAUUCUGGAAUUGUUCAGCUGUGUGUGUGUGUGUGGAGUCAUUAUGGCCCUGUAAUAUGGGAACAUUAUAAGGGAAUCGUGUUGCACUUGAAAACUCGCCUUUAAUACGCCACAAUAUUGGUGUAUUACACACUAUUACUAAUCGACACAAAAAAAACAAGAAGCAAACAAAACACCACGUACACCAACAAUGUCGUAAACGAUCCUGACAGAUAAAUACACAUGACAUGUCGUGGCCUUAUCCAAAUGACACGGGGCAAACUAAAAGCUCUAAAAAUAUUUAAAUUAAAGGUGAAUCACAUCAUCACCAACUUCUUCUGCUGGUUAUCAGCUGACAGAGAUCCAACGUUACACCUUCUUCCUCACACACCUACACUCUAGCACGAUCGAUGGACAGUGGCCUAUGACUACACUCGACAGACUUCAAACUAACGUGACGAUGCAGUACAAGCAGGAUGUGUUUAAAAACUCUUUCAUCUUAGUACGUCCACGUCUCGGUGCUGUUUUGUACCAGAACAACUUCCGUGUUGGAGAUUCAUACCCAGCGUUCAAGUGUCCAAUGGACUGUGUAAAUAACAUAUAACUUACAAUUACAUGUGUAAACCUUUAGACCAGAAGAAACAUCGCUUCAAAUGAAUCAAGUGAUCACAACCAGCCUCAGCCUACAGACUUCUGAGAUACUCAGGAGAUCAAGAGCCGCAGUUAACACUGAUAACGUUUCCUCAAGUCAGACAUCAGAAAAUUUGACACCAGCACUCGGACAUUCAUACCAUUUGUUGAAUCACUCGAGACUUUCUGUUGUGUUUACCAGCUGAUCUAGAGCCUAAAAUGUUCAUGUAUUGGUCUUAAGAGGACUCUGCUUCUCCACUUUAGCAGCACAUUUCUGUUUGUCACAUUCAGGCUCAUUAUUUAAACUGCAUCAUCAUUUACAUUACCUUUGUGGGUUUUUGGAUGUACACUUUUUAUUUUUAUUUUUUACUGUUCAGGUCUAUAUUUGUUUGACAGUUUUGGAAAAUCUUUUACCUCAUGUUUAAAAAAAAACAAGACAUCUACAGCUGACUAGUCAGUAUGACGCGCCUGUAUAACUGUUACUGUCAUUCAAUUGUUGUUUAUUUUUUUUGUUUGACAUUUAUUUAUUUUUUACUUCAUUUGUAUGAAUAUAUUUUUUUGCAAAAUAAAAUAUGUACACAAUUCUCGACAGCCAAUAAAACUGCCCCUUCAUGUGGGCUGUGGUGCUAUGA